GAAGCGGUUUAGUGGAGCGCCAUUCUGCAGAGACACAGGACGGACAAGGAAUCUCAUUCAGUGGAAAUAAAUCGUGUUUGAACACAAAGCUGCCAUGGCAGCUGCCUUCCCUUACCGAGGAGUACCAGGCGGGUUGCCACCAGGUGUUCCUCCUCCAGCUCCAGUUCCAGACUUCAUGACUGAGGAGAAACUGCAGGAAAAAGCCCGAAAAUGGCAACAGCUACAGGCGAAAAGGUACUCGGAGAAGAGGAAAUUUGGCUUUGUGGAUGCUCAGAAAGAGGACAUGCCUCCUGAGCAUGUGCGCAAAAUUAUCAGGGAUCACGGAGACAUGACCAACAGAAAGUUCCGUCAUGACAAAAGAGUCUACCUUGGUGCUCUGAAAUACAUGCCUCAUGCAGUUCUUAAGUUACUUGAGAACAUGCCCAUGCCCUGGGAACAGAUCCGAGAUGUGCCAGUGCUUUACCACAUCACAGGAGCCAUUUCCUUCGUCAAUGAAAUUCCCUGGGUUAUCGAGCCAGUCUACAUCGCACAGUGGGGCACUAUGUGGAUCAUGAUGCGGCGUGAGAAAAGAGAUCGAAGACACUUCAAGCGCAUGCGUUUCCCUCCCUUUGAUGACGAAGAGCCUCCCUUGGACUAUGCAGAUAACAUCCUUGAUGUGGAGCCCCUGGAAGCCAUUCAGAUGGAACUGGACCCCGAUGAGGACAGCUCUGUGGCUGAAUGGUUAUAUGAGCAUCAGCCCCUGAAGGACACCACCAAGUUCGUCAAUGGAACCACAUACAGGCGCUGGCAAUUCACCCUGCCGAUGAUGUCCACUCUGUAUCGGUUGGCCAAUCAGCUGAUGACUGAUCUUGUGGAUUACAAUUACUUCUAUUUGUUUGACCUCAAAGCCUUUUUCACUUCAAAGGCUCUUAACAUGGCCAUUCCUGGAGGACCCAAAUUUGAGCCUCUGGUCAGGGACAUCAAUCUGCAAGAUGAAGAUUGGAAUGAGUUUAAUGACAUUAACAAGAUCAUCAUUAGACAGCCUAUUAGGACUGAGUACAAAAUUGCUUUCCCUUACCUGUACAACAAUCUUCCUCAUCAUGUGCAUCUCACCUGGUACCACGAGCCUAAUGUGGUGUUCAUCAAAACGGAAGAUCCAGAUCUGCCGGCCUUCUACUUCGACCCUCUUAUCAAUCCCAUCUCUCACAGGCACUCAGUUAAAAGCCAGGAGCCACUUCCUGAUGAUGAUGAGGAGUUUGAACUUCCUGAGUAUGUGGACCCCUUCCUCAAAGAGACACCUCUGUAUACUGACCAUACAGCCAAUGGAAUUGCGUUACUUUGGGCACCUCGUCCAUUCAACCUGCGCUCAGGAAGAACACGCCGUGCCAUUGACAUUCCACUGGUCAAGAACUGGUAUCGUGAACACUGUCCUGCAGGCCAGCCUGUGAAAGUACGUGUCUCGUACCAGAAACUGUUGAAGUACUAUGUGCUCAAUGCUUUAAAACAUAGACCACCUAAAGCACAGAAGAAGAGGUACCUUUUCCGUUCCUUCAAGGCCACCAAAUUCUUCCAGUCCACCAAGCUAGAUUGGGUAGAAGUGGGGCUUCAAGUGUGCCGGCAGGGUUACAACAUGCUUAACCUGCUGAUUCACAGAAAGAACCUCAAUUACUUGCACUUGGACUACAACUUUAACUUGAAGCCUGUGAAGACCCUCACCACAAAAGAACGUAAGAAGUCCAGAUUUGGGAAUGCGUUCCACUUGUGCCGUGAGGUUCUCCGUCUAAGCAAACUGGUUGUUGAUAGCCAUGUGCAGUACAGACUGGGCAACGUUGAUGCUUUCCAGUUGUCGGAUGGGCUGCAGUACAUUUUUGCCCACGUUGGUCAGCUGACUGGAAUGUAUCGCUACAAGUACAAGCUGAUGAGGCAGAUCAGAAUGUGUAAGGACUUGAAGCAUCUCGUUUACUAUCGCUUCAAUACGGGUCCAGUUGGAAAGGGUCCAGGUUGUGGCUUCUGGGCUGCAGGAUGGAGAGUCUGGCUGUUUUUCAUGAGGGGCAUCACUCCCCUGUUGGAGAGAUGGCUGGGCAACUUGCUGGCCAGACAGUUUGAAGGUCGACACUCGAAGGGAGUUGCAAAGACUGUGACUAAGCAGCGUGUGGAGUCUCACUUUGACUUGGAACUGAGAGCAGCUGUAAUGCACGACAUCCUGGACAUGAUGCCUGAGGGCAUCAAACAAAACAAGGCCAGGACUAUUCUGCAGCAUCUUAGUGAGUCCUGGAGGUGCUGGAAGGCCAACAUUCCCUGGAAGGUGCCAGGCCUUCCUACUCCUAUCGAGAACAUGAUCUUGCGCUAUGUGAAGGCCAAAGCAGACUGGUGGACCAACACUGCGCAUUACAACCGAGAGAGAAUCAGGAGAGGAGCAACAGUGGACAAAACUGUCUGCAAGAAGAACCUUGGUCGCCUCACACGACUCUACCUGAAGGCUGAGCAGGAAAGACAGCACAACUACCUGAAGGAUGGUCCAUACAUCACUGCAGAAGAGGCAGUGGCCAUCUAUACCACCACAGUGCACUGGCUGGAGAGUCGGCGCUUCUCUCCCAUUCCUUUCCCUCCUCUCUCCUACAAGCACGAUACCAAACUGCUUAUCCUGGCUUUGGAGAGACUCAAGGAGGCAUACAGCGUGAAGUCGAGGUUGAAUCAGUCCCAGCGUGAAGAGUUGGGACUGAUUGAGCAGGCGUAUGACAACCCCCACGAGGCUCUUUCCAGGAUCAAGCGUCACCUCCUCACUCAGAGAGCUUUCAAAGAGGUGGGCAUUGAAUUCAUGGACCUGUACAGUCACCUGGUGCCUGUGUAUGAUGUGGAACCUCUGGAGAAAAUCACUGACGCUUACCUGGACCAGUAUUUGUGGUAUGAGGCUGACAAGCGCAGACUUUUCCCACCUUGGAUCAAACCGGCUGACACAGAACCUCCGCCGCUGCUUGUCUACAAGUGGUGCCAAGGAAUCAACAACCUACAGGAUGUGUGGGAGACUGCAGAAGGAGAGUGUAAUGUCAUGCUGGAAUCACGGUAUGAGAAGAUGUAUGAGAAGAUUGACUUGACGCUGCUGAAUAGGCUGUUGCGUCUCAUUGUUGACCACAACAUUGCUGAUUACAUGACGGCCAAGAACAACGUUGUCAUCAACUACAAGGACAUGAACCACACCAACUCCUAUGGCAUUAUCCGAGGCCUGCAGUUUGCCUCCUUCAUUGUGCAGUACUAUGGGCUUGUAAUGGAUUUGCUUGUCUUGGGUCUGCAUCGUGCCAGUGAAAUGGCUGGACCCCCACAGAUGCCCAAUGAUUUCCUCAGCUUUCAGGACAGUGCUACAGAGAGUGCCCACCCAAUCCGCCUGUACUGCAGAUACAUUGAUCGUAUCCACAUGUUCUUCAGGUUUUCUGCUGAUGAGGCCAGGGACCUUAUCCAGCGCUAUCUCACUGAGCACCCUGAUCCCAACAAUGAGAACAUUGUAGGCUACAACAAUAAGAAAUGCUGGCCCAGAGAUGCCAGGAUGAGAUUGAUGAAGCAUGAUGUUAACCUGGGCCGUGCAGUGUUUUGGGACAUUAAGAAUCGACUGCCUCGCUCUGUGACCACUGUGCAGUGGGAGAACAGCUUUGUAUCUGUCUACAGCAAAGACAACCCUAACCUGCUUUUUAACAUGUGUGGGUUUGAGUGCCGCAUCCUGCCUAAAUGCCGCACCAGUUAUGAAGAGUUUACACACAAGGAUGGUGUGUGGAACCUGCAGAAUGAGGUGACCAAGGAAAGGACAGCCCAGUGUUUCCUGCGAGUGGAUGAUGAAUCGAUGCAGAGGUUCCAUAACAGAGUUCGACAGAUUCUCAUGGCUUCUGGAUCUACCACCUUCACCAAGAUUGUAAACAAAUGGAAUACGGCUCUGAUUGGUCUAAUGACCUAUUUCCGAGAGGCUGUGGUAAACACUCAAGAAUUGCUGGACCUAUUGGUGAAGUGUGAAAACAAGAUCCAGACUCGUAUCAAGAUUGGUCUGAACUCCAAAAUGCCAAGUCGUUUCCCACCUGUGGUCUUCUACACCCCCAAAGAGCUGGGGGGUCUGGGUAUGUUGUCCAUGGGUCACGUCCUCAUCCCUCAGUCUGACCUGAGGUGGUCCAAACAGACAGAUGUGGGCAUCACACAUUUCCGCUCUGGUAUGAGUCAUGAGGAGGAUCAGCUGAUUCCUAAUCUGUAUCGCUACAUCCAGCCAUGGGAGAGUGAGUUCAUUGACUCUCAGAGAGUUUGGGCUGAAUAUGCCCUCAAGAGACAGGAAGCCAUCGCCCAGAACAGACGUCUGACACUUGAGGAUCUGGAGGAUUCAUGGGACAGAGGUAUUCCUCGUAUCAACACGCUGUUCCAGAAAGACAGGCACACGCUGGCCUAUGACAAGGGAUGGAGAGUCAGAACAGACUUUAAGCAGUACCAGGUGCUAAAGCAGAAUCCAUUCUGGUGGACUCACCAACGACAUGACGGUAAAUUGUGGAAUCUGAACAACUACCGCACAGACAUGAUCCAAGCCCUUGGAGGAGUAGAGGGAAUUUUGGAGCACACUCUUUUCAAAGGAACUUACUUCCCCACCUGGGAAGGUCUUUUCUGGGAAAAGGCCAGUGGCUUUGAAGAGUCCAUGAAAUGGAAGAAGCUGACCAAUGCUCAAAGAUCUGGUCUAAACCAGAUUCCCAAUCGACGAUUCACCCUGUGGUGGUCUCCCACCAUCAACAGAGCUAAUGUGUACGUUGGUUUCCAGGUGCAGUUGGAUCUGACUGGUAUCUUCAUGCAUGGCAAAAUUCCAACCCUUAAGAUCUCCCUGAUCCAGAUCUUCAGGGCUCACUUGUGGCAGAAGAUUCAUGAGAGCGUUGUCAUGGAUCUGUGCCAGGUGUUUGACCAGGAGCUGGAUGCUCUGGAGAUUGAGACUGUCCAGAAGGAGACCAUUCAUCCUAGGAAGUCCUACAAGAUGAACUCCUCCUGUGCAGACAUUCUGCUGUUCGCCUCUUACAAAUGGAACGUUUCAAGACCAUCACUGCUUGCAGACUCCAAGGAUGUGAUGGACAGCACCACUACUCAGAAGUACUGGAUUGACAUUCAGCUAAGAUGGGGUGACUAUGACUCUCACGAUAUCGAGAGAUAUGCCAGAGCCAAAUUCCUGGACUACACCACAGACAACAUGAGUAUCUACCCAUCUCCCACUGGGGUGCUCAUUGCUAUUGAUCUUGCAUACAAUCUGCACAGUGGUUAUGGAAACUGGUUCCCUGGUAGCAAGCCUCUGAUCCAGCAGGCCAUGGCUAAAAUCAUGAAGGCCAAUCCUGCCCUGUAUGUGCUAAGGGAGCGCAUCCGCAAGGGUCUGCAGCUCUACUCUUCCGAGCCCACUGAGCCCUACCUGUCCUCACAAAAUUACGGAGAGCUCUUCUCCAACCAGAUCAUUUGGUUUGUUGAUGACACCAAUGUGUACCGAGUCACCAUCCACAAGACCUUUGAGGGCAACUUGACAACGAAACCAAUCAAUGGGGCCAUUUUCAUCUUUAAUCCUAGAACUGGACAACUCUUCCUAAAGAUCAUUCAUACAUCUGUGUGGGCUGGACAGAAGCGUCUGGGACAGUUGGCUAAAUGGAAAACUGCUGAAGAAGUGGCUGCUCUUAUUCGCUCACUGCCUGUUGAAGAGCAGCCCAAGCAGAUCAUUGUGACCAGAAAGGGCAUGUUGGAUCCUCUUGAGGUGCACUUGUUGGAUUUCCCCAACAUUGUAAUCAAAGGCUCUGAGCUGCAGCUGCCCUUCCAGGCUUGUCUGAAAGUGGAGAAGUUUGGAGAUCUGAUUCUGAAGGCCACCGAGCCUCAGAUGGUUCUGUUCAAUCUGUACGAUGACUGGCUGAAGACCAUUUCCUCGUACACUGCUUUCUCCCGUCUCAUCUUGAUCCUGAGGGCCCUUCAUGUGAACAAUGACCGUGCUAAGGUGAUCCUGAAGCCUGACAAGACCACCGUCACAGAGCCACACCACAUCUGGCCCACUCUGACCGAUGAGGAGUGGAUCAAGGUGGAAGUGCAGCUUAAAGAUCUUAUCUUGGCUGACUAUGGCAAAAAGAACAAUGUGAAUGUGGCCUCUCUGACGCAGUCUGAGAUCAGGGACAUCAUCCUGGGUAUGGAGAUCUCUGCUCCCUCUCAGCAGAGGCAGCAGAUUGCUGAGAUUGAGAAGCAGACUAAAGAGCAGUCUCAGCUUACAGCCACACAGACCCGCACUGUUAACAAACAUGGUGAUGAAAUCAUCACCUCCACCACAAGCAACUACGAGACGCAAACCUUCUCCUCUAAGACUGAAUGGAGAGUCAGGGCAAUCUCUGCUGCCAAUCUGCACUUACGAACCAACCACAUCUACGUGUCUUCAGAUGACAUUAAAGAAACUGGUUAUACUUACAUUCUCCCCAAGAAUGUGCUGAAGAAAUUUAUCUGCAUCUCUGACUUGCGAGCUCAAAUUGCAGGCUAUCUGUAUGGCACAAGUCCUCCAGAUAACCCACAGGUGAAGGAGAUUCGAUGUAUCGUGAUGGUGCCGCAGUGGGGUACACAUCAAACUGUUCACUUGCCCGGUCAGCUGCCACAGCAUGAAUAUCUCAAGGAAAUGGAGCCACUUGGUUGGAUCCACACGCAGCCCAAUGAAUCUCCUCAGCUGUCUCCCCAGGAUGUCACCACACAUGCCAAGGUCAUGGCAGAUAACCCAUCCUGGGAUGGAGAGAAGACCAUCAUUAUCACCUGCAGCUUCACACCAGGAUCUUGCACACUGACGGCUUACAAGCUGACUCCUAGCGGAUAUGAGUGGGGCAGGCAGAACACAGACAAGGGCAACAACCCUAAAGGUUACCUGCCGUCCCAUUACGAGAGAGUACAGAUGCUGCUGUCUGAUCGCUUCCUCGGGUUCUUCAUGGUGCCUGGGCAAGUCUCCUGGAACUACAAUUUCAUGGGUGUUCGUCACGACCCCAACAUGAAAUACGACUUGCAGCUCUCAAACCCAAAAGAGUUUUACCAUGAGGUGCACAGACCCUCUCACUUCCUCAACUUUGCCUCUCUGCAGGAGGGUGAGAUCUACAACGCUGACCGUGAGGACAUGUACGCUUAGCACUGCUGAUUGCUAAUGUUGAUAUUCAACAAGCCUAAAAGGCUUAGUGCAUAGUUUUGUCAGUCUGGAAGCACUGUUUCAGCCACCUGUUUUUAAGAUUUUGUAUAAUUCCUCAUUGUUUUGCAUGUUAAUUUGUGCUAAUGCACAUUGCGUAAAAUGCAUUUUUGUGUCAGAGUACAGUACGUAACUCUAGUUUUGUACUGUAAAGUUCUUUGGUAGUAAUCAGUGCUCUUAAUGUUAUAUGCAUUAGGAUUUUUUAUAAGUCGGUUGUAUUAUUCCAGUAUCUAUACAUGUCAUGCAUCUUUAUGUACAUGAAUGUUUUGGUCAAAAUAAAGAUUAAAUCUAUUUUAA